GUGACUGGGGUAUAACUGAUUUGAAGCAUUAAUGUAUGAAUACAUGUUAUAUCCUGUACAGUUUGUAUAUGUUUGUGCGACACACCGAACAGGUAGCAAAAACAUCUACGUUAAUAGUCAGUAAAGAUGUAAACAUGUUUAGUCGGUAUGGAUAACAUAGUAUUUUUCUACGAAGGACCACCUUACACUUUAAUUCAUUUAAUUUCGUAUCAGUGAAAUGCACUUAAGCAAUUUUUAUUAUACGGACAUACGCGUAAUUAAUGUUAUAAUUAGUCAAAACUGUCGCCGCGUAUCGCUACAGGCCAAGCAUGUUAUUUAACCUCGUUUCUUAAAAGAGUGAGUUAGUAAGUAAGUAAAUAUUUUAAUAGUGACAUGUACAUUACAUAUUCAUAGACAUAAAAUUUCAAAGGCAUGAAAGCAAGCACCCGGCCGAGAUUGCCUGUUAGUCAAACAAACACAUGUUGUUAAUGAUAAACUAUAUACAAUUUGUGUAUCGUUAGAUGAAGUAAUAUGGCCUUUGUUCUAACGACUGAUAGACACGUUGAAUAAAGUGCAAACAGUGAAAAACAAAUAUUAAAUAUAAUAACAGCGAAUAAAUACAUGUAUGAUUAUAUAUCAGUGUACGUCAAUUCACAUUGAAGCAACUCUAUGCAGAGCAAAUACGAGGGAGAGACUGUUGGCAAUUUAUUUGUGUUUCUUAUACAUUUGUUUGAAUUCCAUGUUUAAGUUUGUAACGAAAGGUGUCUGAUCAACUUUUCAUGUUGUUUUUUUUUCAGGACACAAAACCUAUCAUGCAAUUUGUUUGGUCUCGAGUUAAUUUAUGACCUCAGUUCAUAUUAGUUUAAUUUCAUUGUACAUGAUUACAUGUUAUUGCAUAAUCGGUUUUCCCAGAAUGAUUAAUUUACAUAAACAAAAGAGUAUAAAAGACAUUUGUAAAAGAAAGUAGAUGUUGUUUAGACUAUUGUUUAACUACCUGAAACAGAAAUGGAGUGUUCGAAAAUUAUUAUUUGUUUCAUCGCCGUCAUACUGGAAGUAUCCAUCUGUGUUUUCGCAAAAGUACCUAGAGCUGGCAAUGUAUUUAGCUCAGAAAAUGUUUUAAAGACAGAAGAACUUAAAAGAGGAGGUUGGCAAAUGGUGUUCCGAGCAACGUCUGGUAACGGCGACAGUGUCUACGAUGCAUGGACAAAAGGUACAAAAACCAAUGCAGACAAACCUGUCGCCAUGACACGAUCGUAUGGAUUACAUUACCGCAGCAGCUUUGUAUCCAAUUGGUCAAAUAUUAGUGUCGAAUUCGUCAAGUUUGCAUUUUACGAUGAAGAUAGGGAAGUCGCUCACGUGAUUUUAAAUGGCAAAAACAGUGAUAUCAACAACUGGUUUGACAAAACACGUGUCCUGUCAUCUAGCUGGCCAGAUCUAACUUCCAAACAUACCUACAAUUACUUUUCCAUCGCUGGCCAUUACAUGCCGAAGCGCCACGAUCGCCGUUUUUUCAUCAACAGAUCAUAUGCCGGCUGCCCGAAAGAUCUUAGUCACAUGGUUGUUAUUAAUUCUGUUACCCCUGCUGUAUGCCAAUGGGAUAGUCAUGCAACUUAUCCACAGUUCCUGUAUUCGAAAAUCAACUCUGUUGAUUUUUUUGACAGACGAAUGUUUGGAACAGCCGAUUAUAUGGCGAUCUUUAUAAAAAGAAGAGUGUAAAUGUAUAGAAAGUCUUUGUGUAUUAUUUAGCAUGUUUUCGUACUGUUUCCAAUGAAGCUGUAACUUUUUUUCCAAGCGCUACUACGUAACGUACUUGUAAUCCAUAAAAAUAUUGAUGUUCUGAAUGAUUUGAACAAUGAUAUUAAUACAUAUACAUUUGAACAAUGAUAUUUAUGCUAAUACAUUUGAACACUGAUGUAUCAAUGCACUAAUGCUGAUACAUUUGAACAAUAAUUUUAAUGCUAAUACAUUUGAACAUUAAUGUAUCAAUGCUGAUACAUUUGAACAAUGUUAUUAAUGCUAAUACAUAUGAAGAGCGGUAUUGAUGCUUAUAAAACUGAUCAAUUAUAUUUAUGAUUAAAUAUUUGAACAAUGCUAUCUAUGCUAAUGCAUUUGAUCGAUGAUAUUAAUGCUAAUAAAUUUGAACAAUUUUAUUAAUGCAUUUUGCAAA